GCCCCGCCCCGGAGCCGCCCCCGCGCCGGCGGCCGGUGCGGCGGCGAGCGGAGCCGGGUCGGGCCGCGCCGCGGCCAUGGGGGAGCGCGCGGACGAGGCGCCGCUGCUCUUCUGGGCCGAGGCCCCCGCCGUGUCGGCGCCGCCGCUCCCCGCGGCCGAGGCGGGCGGCGGGCGGCGCCUCGGCGGCGGCUGGAGCGCGGCCGGCUGGGGUGGCGCGGGGCCGCGGCGGGCGGAGGCGGAGGAGGACCAGAUCGUGGCCGUCUUCGUGGUCACCUUCGACCCCCGCACGGGCAACAUGGUAGAGUGGUGUUUACCCCAAGAUAUUGACUUGGAAGGCGUGGAGUUCAAAUCCAUGGCAAGCGGGUCCCACAAAAUCCAGUCAGACUUCAUUUAUUUCCGGAAAGGGCUCUGUUUUGGCUUGGCCUGCUUUGCCAACAUGCCUGUGGAGAGUGAGUUAGAGCGUGGUGCCCGCAUGAAGUCUGUGGGGAUUCUCUCACCUUCUUAUACCUUGCUGUACAGGUACAUGCACUUCCUGGAGAACCAGGUCAGACACCAGCUGGAGAUGCCAGGGCACUACUCCCAUCUAGAGGCAUUCUAUGAUGACAAGAAAGGAGUCCUCCCUGCUGGCAAGGACACCCCCACCUCUCAGCAGCCUGUCCACUGGCUACCGUCCAUCCACAGAUACAUGUACCCAGAGAUGAAGAUCACACAUCCUGCUGGUUGUAUGUCUCAGUUCAUCAAAUUCUUUGGUGAGCAGAUCCUUGUCCUCUGGAAGUUUGCCCUGCUGCGCAAGCGCAUAUUGAUAUUUUCACCACCCCCAGUUGGAGUUGUCUGCUAUAGAGUGUACUGCUGCUGUUGCCUUGCCAAUGUUUCUCUACCUGGUCUUGGAGGAACUGUACCAGAGUCCAAACCAUUCUUCUAUGUGAAUGUGGCAGACAUAGAAAUGCUGGAAACAGAAGUGUCAUAUGUGGCCUGUACAACAGAAAAGAUCUUUGAGGAGAAACGGGAUCUCUAUGAUGUCUAUGUGGACAACCAGAAUGUGAAGACGUAUCAUGAGCAUCUGCAACCACUCCUGAAAAUUAACAAUGCUGACAAGGAGAAGUAUCGACGGCUCAAUGACCAGAGGCAGAUGUUAAUGUAUUCUCAAGAAGUUGGCGAGGACUGUAGCUCCUGUGAAGAGGACCUUUUCAUCCUGUUUUUCAUGGAGCAGAACAACCGGAUAUUUCAGACACUGAUGGAGGUGUCAGCCAGCCAGGACAAGACAUUAACAGCUGACCAUGCACGGGGCAUGGGCCUGGAUCCCCAAGGGGACCGAAGUUUCCUUAUGGACCUGCUGGAAGUAUAUGGCAUUGAUGUUAUGCUAGUCAUUGACAACCCCUGCUGCACUUAGACCAAGGGCACGAGAGAUGGGGAGCGGAGAUGGCAUUUUAAAGACUACUAGACAUUGCUUAGGAAUGUCACUGGAACUCACCACAGCCACUGGAUGAAUCUCAUUUUAUUUAAUAACUUUAUACAGAAGUAUUUAUAAUUUUAAAACAAAAUGUGAUUUUUAUUUUCUCUCUUCAACUUCCCCAAGGAGUAAAUGCUCCUGUUGUUUGUUUUUUUCAUCUUUCUUUUUCACUUUUUUGUUUGGUUUACAUAGGACUAGUGGCACCUUUGCACCAAUCUUCACUGUUGCCAGUGAUAGCUAGAUUUUGGAUGCCUGAGGGCUGUACACCUCAGGAAAGCACUUUUUCUGAUGGGGUCCAAUGUGAAAUGCUGUAGCUCUUAAGACUUGACUGGAAAUUCCAUGCCUUCCCACCCCCCAUCCUUCACCCUUAUACUUGGGGACUGAAGGGAGCUUCAGCAGAGGCUGUUAGUGGCCCAGUCUCAUAAAGCAUUGCCUGUCCCACCAUGUUUAUGGGUGGGGACAGUUAAACCAAUGAAAACAGAACUGGACUCCUUAAACACCCCUCACCCAAAUUCUAGCAGCUGAGUUGGGAUAAAGCCACCCUUUCUCUUCAGAGGCAAAAACAAGUUUGGGGUAAGGGGAUGCUAUGAGAUCCUACAACUUUGCUUACCAGAGUGGCACAGUUUCACUUCCAGCAUCGGAGGUGGUAUAAACUGGCAAAGACUAUACUCAUCUCAUAGCUGGAGAAGAGCACCAUCUCUACUUAAUCCCUCCUUCCACUUCCUCUGGUUUUCAGCUGCAUUAAACCUGCUGCUUUGGUUAAAAUCUUCAAACCAGCAAGACAGACUCCCAUUGAACAGGGACCAACAUCACUGAGCCACCUUGCAGUCGCUGUGCUCUCCAGCCUCUGCUCAGAAGGUGCUGGGCAGGCUUGGACUGAAUAAGUAUGGGUUGAAUAUGUAUGCUCUAAUAUCAUCAGUGCUUCCUUCUGUAGCAGCCAGUACUUGUGACUUCUUUGCUUUAACACUGUCUGCUGCUCCUCCUUUGUCAAGCAGCUGUCAUCACUGCCUGCUGCUGUCUUCAUCUUUCAGUGUGAAGUAGAGAGCAAUGUGUAACCUUUCAGCUGCAGGACUGGAAUGGCUUUAUUGUUUGCAGGAGUUCCCUAGGAGUUUGGCUCAGCUGGUAGAAGCAAUGGCUAACAGUAAGGCUUUUUUCCUGGGUAGAGAGGCUGUAGAACCAAGUGAAUGGCAUUUCUCAUUCUGCUGCAGUGGAUGGAAUGGGAUUCAGUUCAUGCACGCAGAGCCAGAAGUUUCCCUCGAAAAAGGCUAUUUCUGCAAAGGGUGCACCCUUAGCCACGCUUAAUUUAAGGAGUGGACUAGAGAUUGUAGGUGUGACUUGCUUUGUCCCAAAUCCUUCAGCCAGUAGUAGCAUCAGCUCUAAACUAACAGUUUGUCCUGGACUAUAGCUACAGCAAUUUAGCUGCUGCUUCUGCCAUCACUACUGUCAGCACCUUGGAGCCUUUCUGCAGUUUGUAGCAGUGCAGACUAGCUGGUGUAUCCAUUUAGCUUAACAUUUUAUAGGACAGGAUAGAGCCCAAACCACCUAAGUCUCACCCACUAAUUGUUUUAACACAAGCAAGCUUUUUCCAACGGGACCCUCUGUGGACUGUAUUCCUCUGGAAGGAAAGAGGUUGGCAUAGGCAGUUUUUCCUUGAAGACUAUCUGCAGCUAAUGUGUAGUUUUGCUUACUUUGGGUUCAGAGGUUUUAGGGAGGUGUGGGAUCAGAGGCCUCACAAGGCUCACUGCACAGUUCACCAGUACAAGCAUUAGCAUAUAUUACAGUGUUGUGAUCUGCCUGUCUUGCUUAGCAGUCUUUCUUUCCCAUGCCUGCUUUUUCAGGGCUUUGGAUAUUUUUCUAUAGGAGAAAACAUACUGCUGCUUGUACUGCCAGUUCCUUGCAGCAUAUUCAUCCUUAGAAUGCUGGGAGAAAAGAAAAAGUGGAGCUGAGGAGUGUGAAAUGGAAAGAUCAGUCUUUUUUUUUUCUUUGAGGAAAGGCUUUAUUUUUAGAUUGAUACCUCUGGUAUAAGUGACCCAUAAUCUCUGUGCUUGUAUCCUCUACCUUCGUCAACAUGUCUGCAGUGAAGACCUGUGAGGAAUGUGGCAGGCAAGGUAUUGCUGUGACUUAACUUCCUUUAGAUAUUAAAAAAACCCCUAAAACUAGUCUCUAGAAAUUCUUCCUCUCAUUGUUUAGUCUGUUUGCUACUUAGUUUAGCUGUGGUUAGCUGUGAAUGGCUUUUAUUCUUCUCCUUCAUGUCAUUAAUUCUUCUGUUGAACUGACUAGGAACAAGCCUUUAAUUUGUGUCUGCAAUUUUACAGCCCACUGCAGCCUGAGUCUAACAAACUGCAUUAGAGCACUGUGUUCACAAGCUGUCAGAAUAUCAGUUCUGUGAGACAGCACUGCUAGAAACCAUCAAGUUUAUUUAACCUGUAGUUUCCAGAAACUAUCAGUGUUUUCAGUAAGUUUUCAGUUGCUAGGAACUGCACAGGUGCAGAAGCAUAAAAGCAAGGAGAUUACUGUAAAAGUAGCAUCCAUGAUACAUCCCAGCCUACUUUGUUACAGCCUAUUUUGCUUUUCUUUAUAAUUUGGUUUCUCUACAGCCUCUCCUGGGAGUUGCCUGCUGUAAAAGCCAAGAAGUAUCCGGACAGAAAACAGAAUAGAGAGGCCUCUCCUGUCCUAGCCCUUCUUUGUUUUGUCCUCUCCACCUGCACAGUAGUUUUAGAAUAGAGUAGACAUUGCUUUUAUUGCUGCUGCAUGUGGAAAAUCCUUGAUAAAUGGGUAUGUAGCAUGAACAGCUACAGGUUGGGCGGUUAAGGCUUGUUUAGCAGGCUUUUUUUUUUCCCCCUCCCCUAGCCUUGGAACCAACAAUAUUGAGCAUUCUCUCUCCCACAGAUGAUUCUUCAGGGUUCAUGGUAGAUCAGUCAUGUUAAGUGUGAAUAUUUAAAAUACCCUCCUUGGUACUUAAUAGUUGCUUUUUUGAAUACUAGCAGCUGGAUGGGAGUCAGUUAUUUGGUAUAUUCUGAUUUAAAAGAGGAAGGAAAGUGUGGUGUAAGGUAGGAUAUUGCUGAUUACUGCAAAAUUCUCUUUUCCAUUUGCAGUACUUUGCCUUUACAGUGGUGCCUUUAAUUUCUUUGGUAUGUUGUCUUGGGGCAGUUGUUGGUGAUCAGAGCCCAGGUGGAAGGGUGGUUACAAUAACCAUGUAUAUCCUGUGGCCUGGUAGACACAGUCCAAUAUUAAAGUAAUAGUACAGCCAUUACAAGUUUUCAGUUUGUACUUGCUUGGGUUUAAACAAGAGAGCAACAGCUUCACAGUAGCAUUUUAUCACAAAUUUGACUAGAAAUGCAUAGUCAAGUACUGAAUUAUUACUACUUGUACUAUUUGGAUUGGAGGGUAAAGCUCAGGAGAAUGAUGAAAGCUACAAUUUUUUAAUCUGAACAAGGGACACACUUGAAUCAUGGAGAAGUCUUCCCACUACAAGGUUAGGCCAAAUUAGAAUUAGUCAGCUUUGCUAGUUAGAGUUGAGUACAACCAAGAACUGGAAUGGAUGCUAGGUAGGGAGGCAUUUCACCGAAUUCAAGUUUGGCCUUGUCUUAGAGACAUGCUAAUACAUUAUUUUCUAGCAUAAAUGAAAUAGUUAUUCCAAUGUAUGUUAAAGCUAAUGAUCAUGUCUGUAAUAAGACAUGAGCUCUCCUAUCCAGCAUCCUUAAGGACAGAAUAAAGUUCUGCCACAUUUUCAAGAGAAAGCAAGUAACUUGCUGUACUGCUUAUUUUGUAAAGCUUGCUUCCUAACCACUGAAGAGAGGAAGAGAUAAGCAGUCUUCCUUAACAAGGCUGUGUGCUACUACUUCCAUUUUAAGAACUGCCAAAGUUGAUGGGCAAAAAGCUAGGUGGAGCUGCAGCCCUCUUUGUGGCAGGGAAUGGUUUCCAGAAUAGCAGGACAAAAGUACUCCUUCAUACUGCAGAAGUCUAGGUACAAAGCAUGCGUCCUAACCCAAAUUCUCUCAUCAUAGCUAUUGCUUCUAAGUUAGUUGUUGUCUCCUUUUUCUUUCAAAGCUAAUGGUCUAGUGAUGGCAGGAGAAGACAACACAGAUGUCUUUGCGAGAGCCUGGAAUGUAUUGACUUAACAGAAUAGCUCUGUCUAAAACAGAGAGGUACUAAAUGCCUAUGAACCAAGAUUUCAGGUCCUGGUUAAUGCAACAUGCCGUUCAACUAGGAAUGUUUAAUUAUGGUUAAAAUAAACAGAUGCCUUGGGCUGGUCCAUCA